GAUGCAGUAAAAUAGACUUCAAAGCAGCGUGUAACCAUAAACUUUCAAUCCCUAAACUAAAACCUUACAACCCUAAUGUAUGGCCUAAGGUUUGCCCUAAGGUUUACCCUAAGCGCCACCUCCCUAACAAUUCAAAUAAACUUCAUAAAAUGAUGGACUAUUGGAAAUUAUUAAUUAAGCUAAAAGUCGAGAAACAUUAAGAAAAGAAGAAUGCCUAAAGAAGAUGGCCUUGAUUAAUACUAAUUUCGGUGAGAGAAACUACAAUUGA